AUGCCUGUAUGGAAUCAGACUCAUUACAGCCGUGAUCCAACAGUAGAUGGGCUAAAAGAAACCCUUGCCAUAAUUCCUCCCCCCGAACUCUUAGCCAACAUCAACGACAUUCAAGAACGGUGGAAAGUUGCUGUACUGGCCUCACUUGUUCAUCAACUACACAAUGAUGGAUCAUCACAGCCUGGUCCCACUCAGCAAACCAACCAACAGCAGCGGAUGAAUCUUUGGCAGAUGCGCACUGAUCACAUGAAGACUAUCCUGGCUCUCAUCUUUGAUCUGUGUACUGCACUUGAUCGGCUUACUGGUGGCUCAACAUUGUUUUUCCAUCACCCUGAGAAUGAAGAAUUACAUCAGAUUGUCGCAGAGCUAUCUCAGCUUUUCAUCAAGUGUUUUGCUAUGCCUCUCGCACAUCGCUUUGCUACUUGUCAUACCCUCAACAAUUGGCCAGCGUCCAGUGGAUCUAGCCAUCCUUCCGGCAGCCUUGCCCAGCUUAUUGGUCUCAACACCAUCCUUCUAUCAGUUGUUCCACAGGGGUUGCCCCUUACCUGGAAUACAAAAGCUGUUCCUAUUUUUUCGGCACCAGCAGAUCCGAACACGUCAAACAUUCAGGCGAUUGAUUUGUGGAAUGCUACUAAACGUCCUGUGGUUGUCUAUGAGUCUGAAGAUGAAGAUGAUGGUUACCCUGAUACCAGCCCUAUUACUCCCAUUAGGAACAAGAGUGUUGCUGUCCCGUCAGCUGUGAAAGUCAGCAAACAGAGAGCUCUGCAGUCACCAUCUCCACAAGCUGUCAAACCUUCCUCCUCACUUCAGCGCACAAUCCCUCUGUUGCGGGUCCAGCAUGAGGUCUUAAGAUCAUUCGGUCCUGAAAUGGAGGAAGUCAUCAAUACGCUCGGGCUCCCUGACACAUUACAUACAAUAUGCGCUAAUAUCGAGAAGGCAUCUCUACCAAAAUGGUGGGUUGUGAAGCUAACAGAGGAGGCUGGUUUUAGUGUGGAACAAGCUGAAGCAAUUUCUGAGGCUAUGCUGCAGGAUGCUGGUCUUUUUUCAUGUGCGUAA